UUUUAUUUCUUUCCCCCUUUAGCCAGCCGAAGCAGUCCCGUCCGUCCGUUCUUGUCUCCGCCCACUUCCAACUCCCACCCCCUCCGCGUGCCCUUUCCACUUCCGCACAGCAGCCAGCCAGCCUUCCUUCCUUCCUUCCUUCCUUCCCUCCUCCUCCUCCUCCUCCCCCCCUCAUCCCUCCUCCCCGGCCUGGGGCUGCGGAGCAAGAAGAGAAACGGAUUAAAGACACACAGGAGUCUUCAUGGAUAUAGUUGAUACAUUUAAUCAUUUAAUUCCUACUGAACACUUAGAUGAUGCCCUAUUUCUAGGAUCCAACGUGGAGAAUGAAGUCUGUGAGGAUUUUAGUACAAGUCAAAAUGUCUUAGAGGAUUCGCUGAAGAACAUGCUCAGUGAUAAGGACCCUAUGCUAGGAUCUGCAAGUGCUCAGUUCUGUUUGCCUGUUUUGGAUAGCACUGAUCCCAAUUUCCAGAUGCCUUGUUCAACAGUUGUUGGACUUGAUGAUAUUAUGGAUGAAGGAGUUAAGGAAACUGCCUGCCGUACCAUUGAUGAAGAUGAUCUUUCACCUAACAGGAAUUUGAGGGACCAAAUGGAUGGAACGUCAGUCAAAUCGCCAAGAAAAUCUCCACGUCUAAUGACACAAGAACCAGUACGAAGUCUGCGGCAGAGCACACUAGCCAAACGUUCAAAUGCGUCACCAUCUGUUAACCCCAAAAAAUCAGCUGUGAAGUCUGGAUCUGCUCAAAAGGGAGGACUGAAACAGCAGGAUAAAGGGCAGACUAAAUGGGAAAAUAGUAGUGCCAAAGAGCAUCCAAGAGAUACUGAGCACAGUCGUAAUGAAUCCUGCCAAGAACAAGAGGCACUGGAAGUAUCAUCACCACCACCACCUUCUAGCAACACAGAAUGGGUUGCGUGUUGUGCAACUUCAGAUGAAGUAAAAGCAGAUAGUGAACAUAAAAUUCCUAAUGAGGCAAAAAUAGAGGAAGCAGCUAAUGAAGUAGGGAAUUCUUCUCACUUACCAGGGACCAGUUCCCCAACUAAAGAAACUGAAAGCGUGACAAAAGUUGUGCUACCCUAUGUUGGUGAUGGAGUAGGCUUGGAAGCAUCUGCCUUUACAGAAACUAAUAAAACACAAAAUAACAGUCUAGUUAAAAAUGAAGGGAAUGAGACCAUGGUUAAUAAAUUCACUUCUGAAAUGCCUUCAGAUGAAAAGGCAAACAUUAAAACUGAGGAGCUGAAUGAAACUAAAAUGGAUGAGGAAAGCAAGGAAACAGGGAAGGCCGAUAUUCCUUUUGUUACAACAGCUUAUGAGAAUGCAAGUGAAAUUCAGGAAACCCCUUCAGUUCAGCCCAGUUUUGUAGAUGGAAAGCCUGCCUGUGCCUCAAGCUUGCCAGCUCAUCAGAUCAGCUUGCCAGAUGACAGAAAAGAGCCCUCAGAUGACUCUAGAAAGGCUGGGUUGAAAGAUCUUCCUUUAGGUAGCAUGGAACUUGACCAGAUUGAUUCAAAAGGUGUCAAUACCACUUCUGCCAAAUCAGAAACAAAUACUUUAGAAGAUGGUAUUGCUCAGUACAUUCCAGUCCAAGCUAUACAUCAGGAGGCUGACAGUGUAAAAAUGGGAGUGCAUGAGUCACCAGGCUUACAGGAAGAUGGGCAUACUGGCAUAUCAUCAAAAUGUGUAAAAAAUUUGAAGCCCAAGCACCCCAAGUCCAAACAAAAUAAAACUACAGCUGCCCAGCAGAAAACACAAGAGCUACACGGCAAAACACAUUCUGUGUCAGCUGUUCGCAGCCAGUCUUCAGUAAGUCUGAAGCAUCAAGUGGAGGAGCAUGGGGAUCUCCAGCAUUUUCAUAAGCCAGUGAAAGUUAAGAAAAAACAUGCAGAUAAAGAUGUGAAGGCCCAGGGCUGCGAAUCUGGAAUGGCCUUAAAGAAGCCUCUGCAAUUGUUAGGGAAAAACAUUCCACGGGGCCAAAUCCCACCACAGGUACGGAAGAUGUCCGCAGAGAGAGCAAGUGACAAGUCUUCCAGCCAUAAUUCGGUUUCAAAAGAAAUAUCACACACAGUGUCGGGACCAGCACAUCCUAAACAGGGGCAAUUAGCACACCAUAACCAGAAGCAGUUACUGAAACACCCCCUUCUUAAAGCCAAUAAUUGUGUUAAAGAAGAAGGAGGGAAAAGAGAUUCGGCAGGUGUGCCUCUGGAUAAUUUGAAAGAGGAUGAAAAAGAGAAACUGAAACUCAGAAAGUUAGAGAGGAAUCUUCAGCCUCGACAGAGGAGAAGCAGCAGAAGCCUUUCAGUAGAUGAGCCUCCGUUGUUCAUUCCAGAUAAUAUCUCUACUAUAAAACGAGAGAGCUCGGAUCACCUAUCUCCCACUGAGAGCAAAAGUCUCUGGGUACCUAGUAAGCAGUGUGGGUUUUGCAGAAAACCGCAUGGCAACAGGUUUAUGGUAGGCUGUGGCAGGUGUGAUGAUUGGUUUCAUGGUGACUGUGUUGGCCUGAGUCUUUCUCAAGCACAGCAAAUGGGAGAAGAAGACAAAGAAUACGUAUGUGUAAAAUGUUGUGCUGCAGAAGACAAAAAACCCGACCCAGUCAAUCAUAAUAUACCGGAUGCACAAGUGAAACCGGAAACAACACAAGAAGGUAGAAUGAUGGAGUGUGAAAAGCCUGGAAUAGCAAAACAAAUCUCCAUGUGUCCACAAAGUAAAACAAAGGUGGGAGAAGAGACUGUGAAGCACAAGGUCAAAAUUUUUAAAAGGGAAUCUGGUGAUGGAAAACCAGUAUCAGAAUGCAGAGAUUCUGAAAUGAAAAAAAGGCAGCAAAUUCCUGUUAGGAAAACAGGACAAAUGGUUGCAUGUCCUCAGCGAUCAUCGGAAGACAAACACGAAAGAAUGAAUAAAGACAAUCUUAAUGUCUCUUGUUCAAGUGAAAGCACAACAAAAACCGGUGUUCAGGAUAAACAGGAAGUAAAGAAGAAGAAAACGGAGAAAGGAGGAGCAACCAGUAAUGUACACCCAGCUCCUGCCCCUGCAUCCAAACCUUCCGCUGAUCAAAUAAGGCAAAGUGUUCGGCAGUCUCUUAAAGAAAUCCUGGAGAAAAGGCUUGCAGACUCAACACUGAAGAUUCCUGAAGAAAGAGCAGCAAAAGUUGCAACUAAAAUUGAAAAAGAACUAUUUUCUUUUUUCCGAGAUACUGAUUCCAAGUAUAAGAAUAAGUACAGAAGCUUGAUAUUCAAUCUGAAAGAUCCCAAAAACAAUAUACUGUUCAAAAGAGUAUUAAAAGGUGAAGUAACUCCAGACCAUCUCAUAAGAAUGAGUCCGGAAGAGCUGGCUUCCAAAGAACUAGCUGCAUGGAGGAAAAGAGAAAACAGACAUACAAUUGAAAUGAUUGAAAAAGAGCAGAGGGAAGUCGAAAGGCGACCAAUCACAAAAAUUACUCAUAAAGGAGAAAUAGAAAUUGAGAGCGAGGCACCGGUAAAAGAGCAAGAAGCACCAAUGGAAAUUCAGGAAACCCCUCCAGUUAAGAUUGUGGAGAAAACAGAACAGAUUGAAAAAGAUAAAGAAGUGGAUGAAUCCGCCACUCCUGAUACAACAAGUCAACAUAAGAACCAUCUGUUUGACCUCAACUGUAAAAUUUGCAUAGGUCGAAUGGCACCACCUAGUGAUGACCUUUCUGGGAAAAAUGUGAAAGUGUCCGUGGGAGUUGCCCGUAAACCAUCAGACAAUGAAGCUGAAAGCAUAGCGGAUGCACUUUCUUCAACAACAAACAUUUUGGCUUCAGAAUUAUUAGAGGAAGAUACAGAAUUGCCAAAUCCAGCACUUGCCUCUGCUUCAGGCUCUAGAUCAGAAAUGCCUGGCAUGGUUGAAAGUGAAGCACUAUUUCUGGCUCGCCUGAACUUCAUUUGGAAAGGCUUUAUCAACAUGCCAUCUGUUGCAAAGUUUGUUAUCAAGGCUUACCCCAUCUCUGGCUCUUUUGAAAGUUUAAUGGAGGUAGAUUUGCCAGAUAGCAUCCAAAUUGGUGGCAGGAUAUCACCCCAGACUGUUUGGGAAUAUGUUGAAAAAAUAAAAGCCAUGGGGACAAAGGAAAUCUGUGUGGUUCGUUUUACCCCCGUGACAGAAGAGGAUCAGAUUUCAUACACUUUGCUGUUUGCGUACUUCAGCAGCAGAAAGCGUUACGGUGUAGCUGCAAAUAACAUGAAGCAAAUCAAGGAUUUAUAUAUCAUCCCUUUGGGUGCCUCUGAUAAAAUUCCACAUCAGCUGGUGCCUUUUGAUGGUCCUGGUAUUGAAGUGCACCGACCCAAUUUGUUGCUGGGGUUGAUAAUUCGUCAGAAGCUGAAAAGGCAGGCCAGUUCUGCCACCAGUACGAACCCUAGUCCUGCCGAAGAGAGUCCUGAGAAUUUGCCCCCAGAAAAGAAGAGUAAACUGAGCAAACCUGAAGUCCUUCAUUCUGAGUCGGUGGAAAAAGAAGACGAGAAUGACUUCUUCAACUCCUUCACAGCUGUAUUGCACAAACAAAGGAUCAAGUCGCAGCUAUCGAAUACCGAAGAAACAACUGUGAGUGAGCCUGCUGUGGAAAGCAUCAAACUUGAACCACCAAAGCCUCUGCGGUUCCUUCCCGGAGUUUUGGUUGGAUGGGAAAAUCAGCAAUCUGCUCUUGAGCUAGCAAGUAAGCCACUGCCAGUUGAUGAUAUUCUUCAAAGUCUUUUGGGCACUACGGGGCAGAUGUCUGAACAUAUCCAGCCAGCAGUCAGCCAGCUCGCUAGUGAAGAUCUGCCUUUAUUAGAUAAAAAGGCCAGCAUAAAAGAAGAACUAAGGGACAUUCCUUUAGUAACUGCUGCAACUGAAGAAACGAAGGGGAAAAAGGACAGUUCAAAAGAACCAGUUGAUAAUUUCUCUGCAGCUGAUACACCAGUAGCCGAUGUCUCAUGCUCGUCAGAAAAUCUGACAAGCAUAAGUCUUAAGGGCAAACCACCAGAUGUUUCUACAGAAGCAUUUUUAGCAAACCUAACUAUUCUGUCACAGAACAAGGAAACCAAAGAUACUCCUGAAAGCAAUCUAAGGUUGGGUGACGGUGCUAAUGUUUCUCAGGAAAGGACCACAGAUUUUCCCGUCUCAGCGAGCACGGGGAAAGGAAUUGGGAGCAAUAAUGCCGGCGUAGCAUCUGUUGAUAUUAUGACUGUGAAUAGUUCACAGUUCAUUAAUCUUAAAAGGGAUCCAAGGCAAGCAGCAGGACGAGGCCUACAGAACAAUGCUUCAGAAAAUGAUGGGGACAGUAUUAAGUAUGAAGAAAUGCAGAAUAGUCAACAACCGGACACUUUAGAAACCGAACAGGCUAAAGUAGAUAAUAAGCAACUGUCAGUAAAUAACCCAGCCUCAGAUCGGAGCGAUAGUCAAGAGUGCAAGAAGUUGUUGGUUUCAGCUGCAUCUACAGCAGACAGUGUGUGCUCCUCACAGCCGGAAAAUACAAAUCCGUUGUGUGAAGAAGCACUGAUGCAAAGCAAUGAGGCAGUACAUCCCAUUAGAAGAGGAUUAUUGACACCGCCGUCAUCAUCUCAGUUUGAAGCAGAUAAUGCCAGCGGUUCUGAAUUCAGUACCAAAAUGCCCAGCCCUGUUGCAAGUGGAAGCUUUUCACCAAUCAGGACUCCGCAGCCAAAUUUUCAGCACACCAAAACUUCGCCGCCUGGCUUUCAGUUUCAAGGGGCUGUUGCCCCUAAUUUUCCUCCCCAAAACAAUCCCGUGUUUGGCUUUCCUCCUCAUCUGCCCCCUCCGCUCCUCCCUCCUCCAGGCUUUGGCUUUGCUCAGAACCCUCUGAUGCCUUGGCCCCCCGUUUUGCACCUGUCAGGUCAGCCCCCACAUUUUGUUGGACCAGUUACACCAGUGCCACCCCUGGCUCAGAAACAGCCGAGAUUCUCGGGGCCAGAACACUUUUAUCAGAGUAGAGACACCCGGAGGCCAGAGAGGCGUCACAGCGAUCCUUGGGGUCGGCAGGGUCCCCAUGUGGAGAGGGCGUUUGGUAGGAGGAAAAGCGACCAGCACAGGCAGAGGUUUUACAGCGAGACCCACCACCAGAAAAAGGGCAGGCAUGAAUGGGAGCCAGAUUCCGAAAGAAAUAGGCAUAGAGAUAGAAACCAGGAGAAAGAGAGAGAGAGGAAAAGCAGGGAGGAAGGGCAUCGGGACAAAGAGAGGUCGCGGCUUUCACAUAGCGACAAAGACUCUGAAGGCAAAUCCAGAGACAGUAGGAAUCUUGACAAGAAGGAAGCUCCUAAAAGUGACGAGCGUGCUCAGGAGAAGGAGAAAGAGAGAGAGAAAAGUAGGGAGAGGCACAGAGAGCGAGAGAGCGACAAGCCCCGAGAUAGACAUCAAAAAGACAGGGACCACAGUGACCGGGGGAAAAACAAAAGGUAAAAGUAGCGGGGAAAGGGGUCCACAGCCUAUCUUCUAAAGUUUAUAAUAAACAGGAAAUAAUCUGUUUUAAAUAUGUCCUAAAACUCUGUAAAAAUAUAUGCUUGGGUAUCAGUUGUGCCAUCAGUUCUUUCUUUUUUAAAAAAGAUCCAGUGUUUAAUGUUUUGUAGAGACAAGUCUUGUUGGGUACCAACCAGUGUACCGCUUGCUCAUUUACUUUUACAUUCAGCCGCCAUAGGGGCAGAGGUUGAAUUGUUCAAAAUUUUACGUUGCUUGUAUAGACAGUAAUUUAAGGGUUUUCCUUUGAUAUGCAAUAAAAGGUGCAUAAAGGUUCUUUGUUCGAUUUGGCUUCAGUUGACAUAUUUGCAGCCUUUGGUGAUUUGUGCUCGCUGUUUGAAGAUGCUCCAGUAAAUAUAAAGGAGAAUUUUGUAUCAUUCACUCUUCUUAGAUUACACUGACUUAAAAAGAAAAGAAUGUGACACACUCUCAGAAGCUCAAGUUUGAAUGCAGUAUACAGCAUACUUAAAUGGUGUUGAAGACUUUCAAAAGACAAGCAAAAUGAAAAAAGAGCAGUAUUUAUCAUCAUAUUCCAACCCCUAUGCAUCUGAAACAGUUUUUGAGCAGAAAUUAGAAGGCUGCAUGGUCCAAAUUUUAUUGCUUUUAGGGUACACAUUUUAAUAAGGUCCCCCCCUUUUAGCCUUUAUGCUAUAAUUUGUAUUAAUUUCCCAAGCAUUUCUCUUGCUUCAAAAACUUGAAUACCUAAGCUUGUACAUGACAUUGUGUUUUACUAUCCUUUAUAUUGUAAAAUGUAAAUAUUUUAAGGGAUAUUUUGAUUCUACAAAUGAUAAAGCCUUCUCACAGCUGUUGUUUGAUUGGUUUUAAUAGAUGUGAAGCAAUAGGCUAAACUGAUAUAACAGAAAGAUGUAUAAAUGUGGCUUGACUGGUAAUUUUUAACAACCCUAGGGCUUUUAAUAAAUAGAUCAGUAAAAUUUUGUGAUUUUCUGUGGAAAAUUAUAGUAUAUUGCUGUUUCUGUUGGAUACCAUUGCACUAUUCUGUUCAACAUCCUGUUUUGAAGUAUUUAGUAAAAUUAAGAGCAUUGUGGAUAAAGAACCUUCUUGAGUAA